AUGUCUCUCCUCCGCACCGCCACGCUUUCCCUCUCGCGAGCCGGCGCCCGCUCCGCGGCGCCCUCGACGUUUGUCAUGGCCACGCGCGGCUACGCCGACGGCCCCACCCCCACCGCCGGAUCCACCGCCAGCGCCAAGGGCUUCAAGGAGAGGGAGCAGUCCCAGGAGGCCCAGUACGUCCGCAAGGCCGAGCAGGAGAAGCUCGCAAAGCUGCGAGAGUCGAUCAAGAAGCAGAGGGAGCACCUCGACGAGGUCGAGAAGAACAUCGAGAACCUCAACAAGCAGUAA